AUGUUGAGAGCUGCCUUUUACAUAGAGAUAACUAUGCUUCUAGAAGUUAAUAAGAGUUGUGACAAUAAUUCUACUUUUACGUUUUACAGGGAAGAAGACAGUGAACAUGUCAUUCAUGUUCCCAUUCCGGCUUCCAGCAAUUUUCUAUAUCCGAGUAGGAAAACACUGCAACAGUUACGUCUCCUGAAGAAAAAGGCUAAAAAUGACAUUAUUACUGCUGACCUGGCUGCUAAGAAGCAAGACAUCGAAAUGAGGAUGGAAAGGGUGGCCCAGUACAGAGAGGAACUUCAACAAAAAGAUCAGAAUCACAGGACUCAGGCUUAUGGAUUCCAAAUUUAUCUCCAAGAUUGUGAUCUGAAAAAGGAACAUGCACUUGCAAAAUACAAGAUUGAACAAACAAACAAUGCACUUAAGAAGCAAGAAAUACAUACUUUGAAAAGAGAACUUCAAAAACUGAAAGUAAGACAACAGGAACUACAGAAGAAGAUAGACAAAUAUAAAAGUUAUGAACAUUUUUUGAACAAAAUUGUCAACCUGUUGCCACCAGACUUUUUGGGGCAUAAGGAAGAUUCUGUGAUUAAAACCCUCACACAAAGGCAUAAGGCCCUGUUUUCUACCAAUCAGAACCUGAGGAAGCGUUUGUUCAUCCAAGAAGAAAACAUUGAGAUAAGCCAUCAUAAACGUGCUGUCACACAAGAAGAACAUAACACCAUGAGAUUUGUAAUGUUGCCAAUACCUGACCAUGUGUUGAUUAGCAAAGUUUCUGAGCUCCAGUCAAAGUACAAUGCACUGAAGGAAAGAAACAUAGGGCUGAUUAAUUAUAUUGAUAAUAAAGAAGGCCUCAGAAGUAAACGUACUCGACAAUUAAGCCAGAUGCUGGUAGGAAUUUCCAACAUGGCAGAACGGUGCUAUAUGAAGCAUUAUGGUCCUUUGGAGCAAAUGACUUUCCACUCCAAGCUGGAUAUGAUCCAAGAAUUCAUUUAUGAGAAAACUGAGAUGAUAAAAGAAAUAAUGAAGCCAGCAGGAUAUAAAAGUUCUUCCAGACUUUUAAAGAUCUGA